AUGAAGUUGAUGAUACAGAAGAAGAAGAACAUUUACAUUUCACAAACGACAAAAAAGGGACACACGUCAAAAGCUCCAUGUGAAGCGCUACUCACUCCAAGAGAGCUUCACCCUCCUUCUUAUCAUUCAUACAAUAAACGACGAAGCGUUUCAGAGAUCGAUAUGGGUUUCGUUGUCACCUCGCUGAUCUUCCUCGUCGUCGGAAUCAUCGCGUGCCUUUCUACGAGAAUUUGCUUCAACAAAGGACCUUCUUCUAAUCUAUUUCACCUCACUCUGGUCCUUACUUCUACAAUAUGCUGCUGGAUGAUGUGGGCAAUUGUAUAUCUGGCACAGAUGAACCCACUCAUAGUUCCCAUCUUGAGUGAUGGUGAAUAG